UAUAAUGAUCUUUCAAAACCUUUUCAGUGUGGGGAAAAAUCCAGCAGGAAUAAAUCGGCUUAGUGGACAGAAUUAGAGGGGAAGGGUUCGGAGCCAGGGUAGGAUUAAGGAAAAUUGUGUGAAAUAAAAAGCGAGUGAUCACGAGUGACUCGGUUCGUGUCUGUUUCUAGAGGGAGGGAGGGAGAGAGAGAGAGAGAGAAAGAGAGAGAGAGAAAGAGAGAGAGAGAGAUUUUCAUCCAAAUCCAUAUCUAUUUUUUAAUCCUCGUCUGUGCGUAAACGCUGGUUGCAGUCUUCUCGAGGAGACUAUUUCACAAUGCAACGCUUUUAAUAACCUUUACGCAAUCUUCACCAUCAUUACACCCUUUUGAGUGCACGUUUGUUUUAAACUUCAGGCUUCUCUCCGACACUUGGACAGCAUCAUGACCAGUUUGUGGGAUCGCAUCCCUUUGGAAUGGUGGGAAUUACGCGGCGAGCUGCCGGAGAGCAUGUAAACGCAAAUGGAGUUUGGGAUUUAUUGCAAAAUAUGGGAAAGAUGACCGUCUUGUCUUUGUGUUUUCUCUUGUGCGCUGAUCUACUGCAAGUAGCUGUUGGAUAUCUGACCGUAACGAUUGAGCCAUUGCUACCAGUUGUUGUGGGAGAUACAGUGACUCUAAAGUGCAACUUCAAGACAGAUGGAAGAUUGCGAGAGAUCGUUUGGUACAGGGUUACAGACGGAGGCACUAUUAAGCAGAAGAUUUUUACGUACGAUGCUAUGUUCAAUACCAAUUACUCCCAUAUGGAGGAUUACCGGAGAAGGGAAGACCUGGUGUAUCAAUCGACGGUCCGGCUCCCAGAGGUCCGGAUCUCAGACAACGGACCUUAUGAAUGCCAUGUAGGAAUCUAUGACCGAGCGACACGGGAGAAAGUCGUCCUAGCAUCAGGGAACGUCUUGCUCACGGUGAUGUCUCCACCCAACAACAUCUCAGUUGUGGCAGAAAACACACCAGCACCGUUCAGCCGCUACCAGGCCCAGAACCUUACUCUGGUCUGCAUUGCAAAAGGAGGCAAACCAGCUCCAUCGGUAUAUUUCAAGCGGGAUGGAGAGUUGAUAGAGGUGAUCUCCUAUGUUUCACCCACCGUGGGUUACGAGGGCGGUGGUCCCGCUGGCGUGCAUGGAGCCAGACCUCUGAUCAGCAGGGAUCUGGAUGACACUAAGCUGAGAAAGUCUCUAUCUCUGCUGGGCCCGGAUGGCAGGCCCGGACGCCUGAACACAGAGAGCCCUGGGCGGAGCUACAUGGCCAGACAACCGGGCCAAGAGACCAGCCCGGCCACAGAGACCAUCCCAGAGACAGUGGUCAGCCGAGAGUUCCCACGCUGGGUUCAGAGCACUGACCCCCUGUACUACUUCAGCAACACGCAGAUCCCCCAGAGCGACGGGUCUGUGCUGGUUCAGGCCAAACUCACUUGGACUCUGAAUCCGCAGUUGGACAACGACGCCCUGUUUAGCUGCGAGAUCACACACCCGGCUCUCUCCAUGCCUAUGCAGACUGAGGUCAUACUGGCGGCUCCUAAAGGCCCCAAGCUUACGAUAACCCCUACCAGAGCAAAGGUAGGGGAUACGGUUCGCAUCACCGUCCAAGGAUUCCAGGUAGGAUCUCCAGUGAAUGAGGUGUUUCCUGAGCCUCUGUACACCUGGACGCGGGUUGGCAACAGACUGCUGGACGGCAGUGCUGAGAGAGAUGGGAAGGAACUGGUGCUGGAGCGAGUGCCUGCAGAACUGAAUGGCUCCAUGUACCGCUGCACGGCCCAGAAUCCACUGGGCUCCACUGACACACACAUACGCCUCAUUGUUUUUGAAAACCCAAGUAUGAUGAAAAACACACAGAAUCCGAACAAUGGGGCUCCUGGUUUGCACAAGCUUGGACUGAUAUGCCUGCCACUUAUUCUUACAGUGACUGUUGAACUGACAGACCUGUCAUUUGGAAAAGCAAAAAGGCGCCUGGUGUUCGCGAUGAACAAAAAUGCCAUACACUGGAGUGUGGAGAAAAGACAUUGUGGGUUGCUGACAAUGCUGACUGUCACUUCAACUCCACCUAGCCGUCCUCGAGUUGCCUCCCGUUAGAGUUACUGCACACUGGCACAAACUGGACUCAAACACACACCCUUUUUAAGGACCACGUUUUACGCCAUUUGUGUUUUUUGAUCACAGUAGUUUUCCGUUUCGUUUUCUUGAAUGGCUCUCGGCUGGAAUGUAACAAAAAAGAGACAAUACUAAACGUCCUGUGACAUUUUAUUGCGAAGAAAUGGAAGAUCCUCUUUUUAAGUGUAUUUUGUGUACAUCCCUGUAAAUAAUGAAAAGUAUAUUACAAAGCAGAAAACAAAACAAAACAGAACAAAAAAAAUUAAUAGAGGUUUGGGGGGGGGAGAUGCAAGGGGAUAUAGAAGAUAAUGUCUUUAUUGCGUGUGUCUGGUCAUCCCCAACUGAAAUCCAACCCAGGCUUUUAGAAAAAGGUGAAAUCAGUGGCCUUUCUAUGUUCUGAUUUCACGUGUUCAGUAUCUAUGACAUCCGUGUGACUGUUUUCACCUGCAGAGGAAAGACGACAGCUUUUCUCGGGGGUUGCUGGUGCAUGUGACGUUCGGAGAUGAUUUCCCCUCCUCAUCUGUUUGUCGCCUACUUGUCCUUAAGUUUUUGUCGCAUAUUCAGUGACCUGCAUCGUGUACAGUCCUUCUCUCUAAUCUAACAGUUACUGCUAGGAUCAUGUUAGCCAGCAUUACGGCCCCUCCACCCCCCAAAGGAAGCUCAUGUGAAGCCAAGUGUAAACAGGGUUGUUGCAUUUGUUUCAUAUCACCUGUAUUAAAAAUGGAGAUGAUCAACUUAAAAUGA